UUCAAGGUUCUCCAGUGGCUGCCCCCCCUCAACAGAACCUCCCAUGGUUCUGGGUUCCUCCAGUGGAAGCCGGUCUCGUACCGCCGGUCCUCCCCCUCGGUGGAGGAGGGUUCUCCGACGCGGUCCUCCCUCCCCCGCCCUCAGAGAGGCGAGGAGGCGUUCUCCGCCCUGAUCACAGCGUUCUACGCAGAACCAGAAACCUUCGGGAUGAACGUCAGCUUCGGCAUCUCCGGAGAACCGUUCUACAACAGAUCUCGGUUCCUCAGCUGGACGGUGUUACUGGGUGUGGGGACGCCCCCCAUGGACUCCUUCUCCGCGGCGGUCCUCAUCAUGAUGGCGGUGGGUUUAGGAACUCCCAUGAUGCUCCUGGUUCUGGGCGGAGUCUGCAUCUGCGUCAGGAAGAGGGCGUCGGCCUCGAACUACGAGCCAAUCAACUGAGGGCAGGGGCUCAGCCAAUGAGACGACAGACAAUUUUUUAAUAUUAACGCGGGAUGACCGACAGCCAAUCAGGAGUCAGGGUGCUCACUUGUCAGUGUUAAACAGAAGAUAAUUAUCCCACCGUUUAUAAGAGUUUUAUAAUGAAUUGUAAUCAUGUUUUGAAUUAAAGCCGAGUGAAUGUGAUCACAUGACAUUCAGUUCAACUCAGGAGGAAAUACCACCUGGGGGGGUGGUGUGUGUCACUCAAACAGAGAGAGAACAGAUGUCGUCUGUAAAUGUGAAACAGCUUCGCUUGAAUCUGAUCAGACGUUUCAGAUUCAACAAUUUGAGUUUUAUUUGAUUUUCUUAAGUUUCUGUUAUUUCAUAAUCUCUUGAUGGAAAGCUUGCCUUCAAUAAAAAUCUUUGUUGAAAA